AUGACGUCUUUAUUCACGAUGUUCAGAAAAGGAAAUUUAACAUAUAGAGCAUGGCUACCAUAUGACUAUUAUUCGUCUAACAUCAUAUUUUGUCUUACAUAUGCUCAUCAACUUAUUAGUCUGACGGCUGGAUCGCUCGUUAAUGUCGCCUGUGAUAGUCUCAUUUGCGGAUUGUUGAUGCACAUUUGUUGCCAAAUAGAGAUCUUAGAAUGCCGACUGAGCAAAGUAUCGAAUGAUGACGGUACUCUUCGCGACUGUGUACGUCACCACGACAGUAUAUUGCAGUAUGCACUCAAAUUAAACAAUAAAUUUAGAAUGACUAUUGCUAUGCAAUUUGUAGUGAGUACAUUGGUGGUAUGUUCCAAUUUAUACCAAAUGACUAAAUCAACGAGUUUAAAUGCGAGCUAUCUUCCUUUAAUAUUAUACAUGUCCUGUAUGUUGACACAAAUUUUCAUCUAUUGUUGGUACGGAAACGAAGUAAAAUUAAAGAGCAUUCAACUGCUCGACAACGUUUUCGCGAUGGAUUGGAUGACGAUGAAUAGAAACCUGAAAAGAAAUUUAUUAAUAAUUAUGAGUCGUGCAGCAAUACCAAUAGAAUUUACCAGCGCUUACGUACUAUCUAUGAAUCUCGAUUCUUUUGUUGGGUUACUUAAAACAUCAUAUUCUGCUUAUAAUAUAUUAAAACAAGUAUAAGUAAAGUAAAAGUAAAAG